AUGCGGUUUGUCUUCUUGUUGUUGGUAUCUGUAUUAUCAGUUGCCUCGCGACAACCAAAUGAGGAUAAUCAAAAUGACAGAAGGAAAGGUGAUUUAGACCCACAGUCCAUGACCUUCGUGACCUCCGGCGACGAGAAGAGAGAAUGGGAAGACCAGCAUCAGGUCAAGCGAGGUCAGAAUCAAAAUCUUGCUGAAAAUCACUUCACUCCAAGGUCGAAGACCGUAGGUUGGAAGGAGAAGAAUGUGAACCACAAAAAAAAAAAAAACGAAUCAAAGCGAAAAAAUGAAAACGGUGGUGGAUUCGGCAACAGGAGUGCGAAAAAACGAGAAAACGAAAUAAAGCAUGAUGGUUAUGCCAAGAAAAGAGCAGGGGGCGAACGCAAUUAUAGCGGAGGAACCAGGAAUCGCUUGGCGAAUGAAAAAGAAAUCAUUAAAAGGAAAAAUGAUAGAAAGAUGGCUGACGAUGCUAAAGACAAACCCAGAGGUAAAGGAGGCACAAAGAAUCACCUGACGGAAGGAAACCAAAUUCGAAAGGAGGAAAAGGACAGAAAGAAGGUCGACGAUGCCGACAACAAGCGCAGAGGAGGUAGUAAAAUGCCAGACGAACGAAGAGGAAAACCACUAAAGGAUAAUCAAAAUGACAGAAGGAAAGGUGAUUUAGACCCACAGUCCAUGACCUUCGUGACCUCCGGCGACGAGAAGAGAGAAUGGGAAGACCAGCAUCAGGUCAAGCGAGGUCAGAAUCAAAAUCUUGCUGAAAAUCACUUCACUCCAAGGUCGAAGACCGUAGGUUGGAAGGAGAAGAAUGUGAACCACAAAAAAAAAAAAAACGAAUCAAAGCGAAAAAAUGAAAACGGUGGUGGAUUCGGCAACAGGAGUGCGAAAAAACGAGAAAACGAAAUAAAGCAUGAUGGUUAUGCCAAGAAAAGAGCAGGGGGCGAACGCAAUUAUAGCGGAGGAACCAGGAAUCGCUUGGCGAAUGAAAAAGAAAUCAUUAAAAGGAAAAAUGAUAGAAAGAUGGCUGACGAUGCUAAAGACAAACCCAGAGGUAAAGGAGGCACAAAGAAUCACCUGACGGAAGGAAACCAAAUUCCGAAAGGAGAAAAGGACAGAAAGAAGGUCGACGAUGCCGACAACAAGCGCAGAGGAGGUAGUAAAAAUGGCCAGACGAACGAAGAGGAAACCACUAAAGUCGUUCAGCAGGUGUGUAGCAGAACGCUUAUCUUGGACUACAAUGAAGUUGCUCUCAUAUACAGCAAGAACAACGGAGAAAAAGAGAAAUGCAAGCAGAAAGUGAAGACACCUACUGGCACAAUGAUCGGAUUUUCCUGCUUGGCCUUCGACCCCAACACUAAGAAAUGUAAUAAGGAAUUCUUGGAGCUGAGGACAAAGGUUAAUGGCGUUAAAGAUAAGGUUAAGUACUGCACGACGAUGAAGCCGGAGAAUAUCAUCAUUUCCUCCAACAGCAUGACAAUAAAAUACAAACGCCGUCAAAUCAAGAAGAAUCAGUGUUCUGCAGGAUUUCUUUGUAAAAUUUGCACUGUUGAAGUCGUUCAGCAGGUGUGUAGCAACACGCUUACCUUGGAUUACAAUCAGGUGGCUCUCAUAUACAGCAAGAACAAUGGAGAAAAAGAGAAAUCUACUCCGCCUGCAGUCACGGUUGCUCUUGCAGCAACAGCUACUCCGCCUGCAGUCACGGUUGCUCUUGCAGCAACAGCUACUCCGCCAGCAGUCACGGUUGCUCUUGCAGCAACAGCUACUCCGCCUGCAGUCACGGUUGCUCCUGCAACAACAGCUACUCCGCCUGCAGUCACGGUUGCUCUUGCAGCAACAGCUACUCCGCCUGCAGUCACGGUUGCUCUUGCAGCAACAGCUACUCCGCCUGCAGUCACGGUUGCUCUUGCAGCAACAGCUACUCCGCCAGCAGUCACGGUUGCUCUUGCAGCAACAGCUACUCCGCCUGCAGUCACGGUUGCUCUUGCAGCAACAGCUACUCCGCCUGCAGUCACGGUUGCUCUUGCAGCAACAGCUACUCCGCCUGCAGUCACGGUUGCUCUUGCAGCAACAGCUACUCCGCCUGCAGUCACGGUUGCUCUUGCAGCAACAGCUACUCCGCCAGCAGUCACGGUUGCUCUUGCAGCAACAGCUACUCCGCCAGCACUACUCCGCAUCAGGUCACGGUUUGCUCUUGCAACAACAGCUACCUCCGCCUAG